UCUCGGUUCAAAUUUUCUUUCACCGAAUAAAAUCAAAUAUAUAAUAUUACCGAGCUGAAACUCUCAAUUUAAGUGUGUAGAAGAGAUAAUGAUCGUCUCCAUAGUAUGAGAUGGAUACAAAGAUACAAAUGAAGCCCUAUACUAUCUCAGGAUUAGGAGUCAAUCAUUUUCGGGUGUUUUGAUCAGAUUCCGGAGCAAUGUGUCAAAGUUGUGCUAUGAAAUCAGAAACAAAUCAGUACAAGUGAUAAGAUAAGGCCAUAAAAAUCGGUAGCAAAGUUGAACAGCUCACCCGUUAAUGCUGACAGUAUCUAAUUGCUUUCCGUGACGGUUGGGUUACGAAAAUGAAAAAUUUGCUCUUUAUAUCCAUAGUUGCCACUGUUCUUGCAGCUGCGUACGCUGCUGAAGAUGCAUCACCUCGUUUAACCGGAGGGACGAAUACUGUUCCAGGACAAUUUCCCUCCGCUGUUAGCAUCGAUUCUCCUCACAACCUACACUGCGGCGGCACCAUCCUCAACCGUCAGCAUGUGCUGACCGCGGCUUGGUGCGUCAUGCACCCAACCACGUUUACUCUCAUCAAUCCGUUCUGGUUGCGUGUCACAGCAGGUGAUGUUAACUUGGUGACAUCAACUAUUAGACGUGAGGUCCGCAAUGUGACGCAUCUCUUCGUACACCCGAACUACAAUCGGCUGACCAACAAUCACGAUUUGGCCGUGAUCCGUGUCAACACAUUGUUCCCGGAGUUCCACAAUACGAUUGAGCCUGCAGUGAUCAACACCCGACUACUUUCCGAUGGUACCGCAUGUCUGUUCGCUGGAUGGGGUUCCGCCACUGAUGGAGCCGCUGCUACGCUCAACCCCGUACAGCGAGUGAUCACCGUUCCCAUUUUGCCGACCGGUACGUGCAACGGAGCCACUGUCCAUGCGAACCGUGUGCUGUCGACGAUGUUCUGCGCCGGAUCUAUCGCCGCAACACCCAACACCGUUUGUCAGGGUAACAUCGGCGGUGGCGUCUUCUGCAAUGACCAGCUCGCGGGUGUUCUGACAUUUGGAACAGCAUGUGGAGCGGCCAACCAGCCGGGAGUUUACAUCGACAUCAGGCAGUAUCAGACCUGGAUCCAGAACCAGUUCACUCGCACCGAUAAUCCUGCCCCUGGGUGGGUCCCGAACCCUUUGUAAAUGAUGGUGAUAUUUUCGAGAAUAAAAACUAUUUAUUGUUAAGUAUUUAGUAAACAUUCCAAUGACCCAAUCACGGAUUAAUCGCAUCUCGGUUCAAAAGGGUAAGAAUCAAGUGCAGAUCAAAACCAUCGAGCAUCGUGACUAAUGUCUUACGUAAAUCCUACGUACAAUAAGCAGAAAUCAGUAAUAAAUAUAUCUUUAAGCAAAAACCAU